AGAAGGGUGCCGAGGGCUCUCUCCGACUGGCCGGAGGGGGUGGGGGGAGAAGGAAGCGGCAGCAGCAGGGAGCCGCCCGUCUGCCCUGCGGCGUGUGAAGCGCCUAUGGGGCCCUGAGGAAGCCGCUCGCAGCACAGAAGGCCGUCGCUCAGGGCAGGAGGAUGGAGAACCAGGCGGACCCGGGCGCGGGGGGCGCGGGCGCCGCGGGCGAGGACACCCCGGGCUCCGGCAGGGCGAACCUCAAGCGCAGCGGGCGCGCCGCGGAGGAGGAGAGCAGGAACAAGCCCAAGCUGAACAUUCAAAUAAAAACUUUGGCAGAUGAUGUGCGUGACAGAUUAACCAGUUUUAGAAAAUCAGCUGUAAAAAAAGAGAAACCUCUCAUUCAGCACCCUGAUUCUCAAGCCUCUAUAAGUGAAUUUCCAGUUGCCCAACCAUUGUUUGAUGAUCGUUGUAUGAAUUUAUCAGAAAAAGAAGUUAUGGAUCUCUUUGAAAAAAUGAUGGAAGACAUGAACUUAAAUGAAGAACGUAAAGCUCCUUUACGAAAUAAGGACUUGACCACGAAACGUGAGAUGGUUGGCCAGUACAUUUCUGCAACUGCUAAAUCUAUAGUUGGAGGUAAAGUUGCGGGAGGAUUGAAAAAUAGCAAGCAUGAGUGCACACUGUCUUCACAAGAAUAUGUCCAUGAAUUACGAUCUGGUAUCACAGAAGAAAAACUUCUUAACUGCCUAGAGUCUCUCAGAGUGUCUCUAACCAGCAAUCCAGUCAGCUGGGUCAACAAUUUUGGACAUGAAGGUCUUGGGCUUUUGUUGGAUGUACUGGAAAGGCUUCUGGACAAGAAACAGCAAGAAAGUAUUGACAAGAAGAAUCAACAUAAGCUUAUUCAAUGCCUCAAAGCAUUUAUGAAUAAUAAGUACGGGUUGCAAAGGAUUCUAGGAGAUGAAAGAAGCCUUUUAUUACUAGCAAGAGCAAUUGAUCCAAAGCAACCAAACAUGAUGACGGAAACAGUAAAAAUACUUUCUGCUAUUUGUAUUGUUGGAGAGGAAAAUAUUCUGGACAAACUUUUAGGAGCUAUAACGACUGCAGCUGAGAGAAAUAACAGAGAACGUUUUUCUCCAGUUGUGGAAGGAUUGGAGAACCAUGAAGCUUUGCAGUUGCAGGUGGCCUGCAUGCAGUUUAUAAAUGCCCUUGUCACUUCUCCAGAAGAUCUUGAUUUUAGGAUACACUUGAGAAAUGAAUUCCUACGCUGUGGACUGAAGAAAACAUUGCCAGACCUAAAAGAGAAAGAAAAUGAAGAACUUGAUAUUCAGUUGAAAGUGUUUGAUGAAAACAAAGAAGAAGACUUAAUUGAAUUGUCACAUCGUCUCAAUGACAUCAGAGCUGAAAUGGAUGAUAUGAAUGAAGUAUACCAUCUGCUGUAUAACAUGCUGAAGGACACAGCUUCUGAAAACUAUUUCCUCUCAAUAUUGCAACACUUACUACUGGUCAGGAAUGAUUAUUACAUCCGAACUCAGUAUUACAAGAUAAUUGAAGAAUGCAUUUCACAGAUAGUACUGCACUGCAGUGGUAUGGACCCGGAUUUUAAAUGUAGAGGAAGAUUGGAUGUAGAUUUUACCCACCUUAUUGAUGCAUGUGUGAACAAAGCAAAAGUAGAAGAAAGUGAACAAAAAGCAGCAGAAUUUUCCAAAAAGUUUGAUGAAGAAUUCACGGCUCGACAGGAGGCACAGGCUGAACUUCAGAAACGAGAGGAGAAAAUCAAAGAGCUUGAAACAGAAAUCCAGCAGCUAAGAACCCAGAGUCCAUUACUUCCAACUGGUCAGCCUACAUCAGGAGCUCCUCCUCUACCACCACCGCCACCACCACCGCCGCCGCCACCACCUCCCCCCUUACCUGGUGGAAUCCCACCUCCCCCUCCCCCUCCCCCUCCUUUGCCUGGAGGAAGUGUACCUCCACCACCGCCUCUGUUUGGUGGCCCUCCACUACCACCGCCUCUCGGGGGCAUACCUCCUCCUCCAGGAGCUUCAGCAUCCCUGCCUUAUGGAAUGAAGGAGAAGAAAAAGUAUAAACUUGAGGUCUCUAUGAAGAGAAUCAACUGGUCAAAGGUUGAACCCCAGGAUAUAUUGGAAAACUGCUUUUGGUUAAAAGUUAGAGAGGAUAAAUUUGAAAAUCCAGAUCUGUUUGCAAAACUGGCGCUUACCUUUGGUACACAGAUGAAAGCUAAAAAGGCAGUAGAUGAUACAGAAGAAAAGAAAGUAGUUCUGCCAAAAAAACGAGUUAAAGAAUUAAGAAUCUUGGAUGGAAAAACAGCACAAAAUCUGUCAAUCUUUCUGGGAUCUUUCCGAAUGCCUUAUGAAGAAAUAAAAAAUAUUAUUUUAGAGGUGGAUGAAAAGAAGCUGAGUGAAUCCUUGAUUCAGAAUUUGGUGAAGAAUCUUCCUGAACAGAAAGAACUCAGUGCCUUAGCGCAGUUAAAGCAUGAAUAUGAUGAUCUCUGUGAGCCAGAACAGUUUGGAGUUGUGAUGAGCUCAGUGAAAAUGUUACGGCCUCGCCUCAAUGGCAUCCUUUUCAAGCUUAUGUUUGAGGAACAUGUAAACAACAUCAGACCUGGCAUGAUGGCAGUAACGCUAGCCUGUGAGGAGUUGAAGAAGAGUGAGAGCUUUAAUAGGUGGUUAGAGCUAGUGUUGUUGGUUGGAAACUACAUGAAUUCAGGCUCAAGAAAUGCCCAAUCGCUGGGGUUUAACAUCAGCUUUCUUUGCAAGAUUAGAGAUACUAAAUCAUCAAAUCAAAAAACAACACUCUUGCAUUUUCUGGCUGAAAUCUGUGAAGAGAAUUAUCGGGACAUCUUAAAAUUCACAGAUGAACUGGAACAUGUUGAGAGUGCAAGCAAAGUUUCAGCUCAAAAUCUCAAGAGCAACCUUGAUUCAAUGGAACUUCAGAUACAGCGUCUAGAAAACGACAUAAAGAUGUUCCCUAAAUCAGAAGAUGCACAUGAUAAAUUUGUGGAAAAGAUGACCAGCUUUGCUAAGAGUGCCCGAGACCAGUAUGAAAAGUUGUCCAACAUGCAUAACAACAUGACCAAGUUAUAUGAGAAUUUGGGAGAGUACUUUACCUUUGAUCCCAAAGCAACAAGUAUAGAGGAAUUUUUUGGUGAUCUGAGCAACUUCCGAACUAUGUUCUUGGAGGCACUGAAGGAAAACAACAAGAGAAGAGAAAUGGAGGAGAAGAGCAAGAGAGCCAAGCUGGCAAAAGAGAAAGCUGAACGAGAGAGACUAGAGCGGCAGCAGAAGAAGAAGCAGCUGAUUGAUAUGAACAAAGAGGGUGAUGAGACAGGAGUGAUGGAUAAUCUGCUCGAGGCCCUGCAGUCAGGGGCAGCCUUCCGGGAUCGCAGGAAACGAACACCAAGAAUUCAGGAAUAUAAUCAGCUCUCAUGCAUAUUUCGUCAGCGAUGAUCUCUGCAGGACAGCGAGAUAUAGGGUCAAUUCCAUUUGACUGUUGUGAAAGCAUGAAUUUAGCAGGCUGAUUUUUGAUAUAGGAAAUGGUGUAAAGGUUAGCAUAAGGAAAGAAUAUUCUGCAAGAAACUUCCUCUUGUGAUGCCUAUUUUCAUGACAGAAAUUCAGACCUACUAUUUGGCCACAAGCCAAUAUUCCCCUUUGACAAACUUACAGUUUAACAGUGAUGGCGUAGAUGUACCAAUCCUUGCAUAUAUGCCAGAAAUAUGGUGAAUAACCACAUGUGACUGACAUUCUUAGGACAUCUGAUGGUUCUUCUGCCCAGAAUCAAUAGAGGGUUCAACAGAAUUUUAUAAUCCAUUUUUAUCUUAGUCUCUUGUGAGUCAAAAAAAAAUUCAGCUUCAUUAGAAAAUAAUUAGUUAUGACAUUUUACAUUCAUUUUUAUAUAUACAUCAUUUGCAUAUAUAAGGAAUAUAGCAGGACGUAACUAUCCUGGAAUAUGUCAUUUCAUCUUGUGGGUGUGAGUAACGUAGGCUGAAUGGAUACAGUCCAUAUCCACAAAUAGUUAUUUGUUCAAAUCAACUCUGUCUUUAAAAUUCUCUUGCUUUUAAAUCCAUUUAUUGUUGAGCUAUUGCCACCUUUAAUUUCAUGCUGUGUUAAACUGAGCCAGCCUUGAAAAAUUAAAAAAUGUACUCUGGGUAUUAUUUUAGGUAAAUUCUAUGGCCUGUGGUAUACCGGAGGUCAGACUAGAUUAUCACAAUGGUUCUUUCUGGCCUUGGACUUUGAGUCUUUCAAUAAUAGGCUUGAAGACCUAAAUUUUAGAAGAUGAUUAGUGAUUUUGCAUGACUCCAUUUUUUAGGGCGCACCCAAUUUGAAAUUCCUUACAGGGGCAUGGUUUCUCAGGAAGUGUUGAGCAGUACAGUCCCUCUAAAAAUCAGGACGUAUGAAGGUGUGUAAAAUUGGCAUCCAAAAAUGAAGGCACCCUAAAUCAUUAGUCCCUUUUUAACAUUUAGAUCUAGUUGUUCAUUUGUAGUAUGAGAAGGAAGGGGGUCUCUAAAGUGUAGUCAACAAAAAGCUGAACUAUAUUAGGCUUGGAGGUAUCAAUAAUCGGAUACUGCUAAGGACCUUAUGAGAUUCACAAACUAGUUUUUUUAAUUGCUCCAGCACAGAUUAGUUCCUUGAGAGUUAUGUGGAACUGCUGUGCUUCUGUCUUUACAGUAACACUGAUCUGUGUGUCAAUUUUAGUUAAAACUAAAGAUGGGCGUAACUAUUCUCAUGGGGAGCCUUUGAGUAAGUACAAUGCCACCAAAUAAGGAGAAACUAUUUUACAAAUGAAAUAAUAAUAAAAUUAUUGGAGGAAUCUUUUGUUCUGUACCCUGGGCUAGUACAUUGUAUCCUUUUUGUCCAUCACUUGUCUGUGUUUUCAUUUGUUUGUAAGCUUGUUGGGGCAAGGAAUAAUGUCGUCGUCCUUGUUUUCCAGCACCUAGUACAAUGGGACCCUUGUCAUUAUUUGGGUCUUUGGGCAGUAACUCAACAAAUAGUUUAAUAAUAAGCACUUUUACUGGAAGAAUAUAAAAACAAACAUGUUGCAUCACAACAUCUUUGCAUUGUAUCAUCAUGUUGUAUCACAGUACCAUCAAACCACAAAUAUGUUUGAACAAGUAAGAUUGACAUGUCAAAAUGUGGACUACCCCUUAAAUUAGUUCAGAUCGUAGAUGACAAACUCUAGCACCACCUAAUAUUUGAGUACCUAAUUGAAACAGCAAUUUAAAAGUAAACACCCUCUCAUUUGCCUUGGAAGCCACUCCCUCUCUGUUACGUAACUCUCCAAUAUAUUCAAACAGCUGGAAGACGCUUGUAGAUGAGACUUUGAGACUUACAACCAAUAUCUAGAUGGGAGCUAGAUGGGAAAAUUUUACCAACUUUUAAAACUCACUAUAAACUUCUAAAGAGAAUGUUAUUUAGUUUCCUUUUUAGUAUUCUGGAUGGAUUUUGAUGUUGGGCGCUUGGAGUUUUCAUGAGUGAGGAUCUUCUUUAGACAGGAGCUAAGUGAGUGCCUCUGGGGUUUUAGCAGGAGGAAACAAAAAAAAAUAUUUUAUUUUGUUUUAAUUUCCUGUGGGAGAAGUAGGGUAGGUCUUGGGAUUUCUUAGCUUGCUGGGCUGUUUGGUUGUGUUUGGCUAGCAUGUAGCAUAUAGCUAGCUGUCUGUACUUUCUCUGUGCAGUAAGCAGGAAUUUUUCAUUUCAUACAUUAUUCAUAACUUGCUGCAGUGCUUCCAGAAAGUCAGCAUCUAUCCUUAACACACAGAAAAGAAGAAAGAGGGAAAUAUAUUUUUGCUGUUGUUUUGAAAGUUAGGGCAAAGAUUUCAUCUUCAAGUGGUCUUGGUAGCAGUCAUCCAUCCUUAAUCAAAAGCAAAUCAGAGAGAGAAACAUUAAUGUUAUAUUUCUUUCUGUUCUCUGGCAACAUUGGACAUAGGUUUCAUUUCACUGCUGCAUCUUGAGCUAUUCUGACUGCAAAUAACAUAAUUCUUAACAAAAACCAAGUGAAAGAGAGAUAUUUUGUAGGUUGUUACUGUUGCAAUUGUGGUAUAUUUCCCUUAAGUACAUGAUAACAAGCAAACUGAACCACAUGAUAAAAAUACCCCAGCAAUAUGGUCAUUUCACACAUUUUCUUUUUCAUGCAUGUGUUCUCUAUCUCAAUGAAGUUUCAUAUCAUAAACCUGUUGCCAAAACCAAUGCAUAAUGAAAAUGAAAACAACGUGAGAAAGAGAGAUAAUAGCUGAAACCGCUAGUCUGAACAUAAAAAGUAGAUCUUUCUUUUGGUGUAUUUGCUUCUUAUGGUUUUAUCAAGAAGAUCUAAGAUAGAGGCACAAACCUGAACGUGAUGGUAUGAUAUUCUGAUCAGCUUGAUUGAUAAAAAUAUCAUUUAUCAAAAGAACAACUUCUGAAGAGGCAAAUUAUCAGUGGUGGCUUCUAACAUGUAAAAGACAAUUUUGCUACUAAACACCACCAAUGGUAACGUUUUCCUUCUUUUUGGUCUUUGAAAGAACUGUGAAAGGACGAAGAUGGGCUCCCUAACAAGAGCAAAUAACUUUCAUAACAGGAACGGGGAAGUACGCCUAACAAAUAACAGGAGCUGUCCUGGUAGCAGAGUUGAGUACUAAAGUGUACUGUAAAUUCCAAAAGAACUUAAGUUAAUACACACAGACCAAUGUGGACCCACCCCAUCUCAGGGGUUACUCCUAAAGGCAUUAUGCUCCAUGGAGAUACAAUGACUCCCACAGUUCUUGGUUUGUUGGAGCUCACUGGACUUAGCUGGGGUUGCAGGAGAGGAUAUAUCCCUUCCUCUUUCCCAUUUAAGGUAUGCUGGUCCUUGUGCUUGGGGGAGUGUAGGAAAAGGGCAAAGAGGCUCUUUGUUCCGCCUUUCCACCUUGCAUAACCACAUCUUGGCUGGCUAAUAUCUGACCUUAAAUCUGAGAUGUACAAUCUGGAAUUGGAGAUACUGAUGAUGAAAGUUUUAAUUGUUAAUAAAAGAGGAAAGAGUGCAUGAUUGAGUUUUAAAAGUAAGCUUUACAAUGGUAAAGGAAAGUGAAAGUGUUUUUUUCUGUUUUAUAGAAAAGGGCCCUUAUUGUUUGUGCUAUGUUAAUAUCUGGUAAUGCAGAAAGGGGUAUUGAAUCUGUAUUUGGGCCGCAGAUGGAAUUAUCAUUAUAAACAUUUGAUACAUACCACAAAUGCAGCAUCAAAGAAGAGAAAGUGGAAAGAGAAAGAAGUUAUCCUUCUUGAUCAUGUCAAGGAAGGGGUUUACAUAUGCAACUAAUGGUGGUGCAAGUUAGGAAGUUCCUGAAAAUGUAACCCAAAAAUGUAUGUUUUAAAAUAAAUUUAUAGUUUUGAUAUGAAAAUGUUACAAUAUAAGUAUAAAUGUGUUUGCUUUCAAGGAUCAGGAAGUUUGGUUAUAUUGACAGGCUGGGGGGGGGGGGGGGGCGCGCGCUUGGGAUACAAUACAAGACCCAGUGUACCUGUUAGUGAUGCAUAGAAUAAACUGCUUUAGUAAGGGAAGUGGGGCAUUUUAAGAGUGGGCUACAAUGACUUUAUGUAAUGUCCUUCAUGGUAGAGAAGUAGGAGUUUUGACUGUCGUGGGUAAAAAGAAGAUUCUUCAUUGCUGCUACAAAUCACAAACAAGACUCCACUAACUAAUCACACCUUAUGCCAUCUAGCAUCUUCGCCCAGGGACUUCCCAAGGCCUCCUGGCUACCCUAGAGUAUAGAUUUGGGUAAGAAAUGUCAGUGUUGAUGAAAAUGAAAGAUUUAUCUUUUAUUUUUUUAACAAUUGUGCAAUUGAUACAGCCCAGACACCCCAGAUAUGGAUGCUAAGAAGGAUGAAUGGAUUUUGAUGUUAAUGUUUUGCUUAUGGCAGAUGGAAAAUAUGUUAGGGGGUCUCUGUAGCUUUUGUGGCUCCAGACUUAGUUGUCAUCCAUUUCUAAGUCAGAAGAGUUAAGGGCUUAUUACAAAUGUUCAGCACUGCAAGAUUCAACAGACUGGAAAUCUUGCCCUUGAAAGAUGCAAAGGCCUUUGGUGCCUACGAAGUUUUUAUUUUACUUUUUCUUGGACCCAAAACUAUAAGGCUUGUGAAGUACAGAUGUAACAUAUUGUAUAUUUUCUACUAGACAGAAAUGGUUUUUCUUCUUGCCUGAUGGUAUUUUUAAUCUGUGUGUGUGUGUCGUAUUUUGAACAAAUGGCAAGUAUGGCAAAGCAGAACUGUUGACUGGGUUUGUUGGUGGUGUAAAAUCUUGUGCACAGUGCCAGUUAGCAUUGUAACUUUUCUGGAAGAAUAUACCGAAUAGGGCAGUAAUAGUUCAAAAGUGACUGAAAAGAAAUAGCACCUUCCUUUGAGAUAAUUCAUUCAGACUUUUGCCCAUUCAGAUAACCAUAGUGAAAAACUCCAAGGCUUUUUUUUUUUUUUGCUUUGGGACGAAAGAUUGUUUUUUAACAAAGCUGUUACCAGGAGUUUUGACAACAGCAAAAUCUCAUGUUGGAGUUUUGCCUGAAGGAAGACUUCAGGAUUUAGCCCAGUAUGGGAAUCAUUUUCUUAAUGAUCCUUUUAAACAUUAGUGUAUGCAGCCUUAAAAUACUUAAUUUUAUUCUAUUGUGAAAGAAAUUCACUGUAGAAGCAUUUAUUUUAAAACUUGAAAAGUAACACUGUUUAUUUUCUCUAUGAUAGCAACCCUGAGUGGAGAUAUAUUUGAUAUAGAAAUAUUUAUCUCUUUCUCUCUGUGCAUUUAUAUACACCUAGAUAAAUGUGUCUGGGUAAAAUCCACAGGCAAAUAAAUUAUGGGUUUGGAAAAGUACAUCUAGUUUUGUGUAUGAAACUGUUGUUUUUUCCUGUCUCCUGUUUUGCAAAUCUUGCAAAUGAACAGGUAGAUUUUAAUAUAAUACAUUGUAAUUAAUUAAACACUGUUUCAAUAAAAUCUCUUCCUCAUCAAGCUGUGAAAAUAAAAAAGAUUACAUUUCAUUGCAUUCCUACAUAUUAAUUGAUACAUUGAUUUUUCAAAUGCACGAUAAUUAAUGAGACACACACUGCAUGCUCUAUCUUCUUAAGCUUGUUUUAUUAUUGUACAUGACUACAGGAUUUAACUGCAAAUCUUGUACCUUCACUAGGUUUCUUGUCUUUAGAGGCUAUACUCUAAACAUUAAAAAUUGCAUAUUUUCAAUGUAGUAUUGUUUCCUUUUAGAAAAAUAUUCUUGCUCUUUUACAACUUUGCCAAUAUCCUGACAUGCUAAAACUGAAAAAGAGAAUAGCCUCAGGGUACGAGAUUAUUAGAGAAAUCUGAUUCUGAAAUAUUUUCCUUCUAAUAUUUGUUUAAGCAAAUUUCUUUGCAGACUAACUGUUCUUUCUGGUUUUUUUCUUACCACUAAACAGCUAAAUCUUUUCUGUGGAAUUAAACUUAAAGUUUCCAGAAAUGUUAAUAGCUAGUGCCCUUUUUUGAGUGUCCUAGUUCAGAAAUAUUGCAGCUGCAAUGGCAUUAUGUGCCAUCACUUUUCCACUUUCUCACUGCAGGGGAGUUACAGCUUUAAGGUACAUGUAUGCUCUUUGUGCUUUAGAUCUGAGUGUGGAAUAUAUUAAUAGAAUAUGUACUGCAGUCUGUGCUGAAAUGCAACUUUUGGAUCAUUUUUGAAUACCAUACAUCAAUAUCAUGUCAGCUUGCAGCACAUCAAUGAGAUGCACACUGGGCAUAAUUUAAGAAUUGUCUUGUGAACUUGAUUUAUUUGAGGAAACUUGUUAUAUUGUCAUUACCAUUUCCAUUUCAGCAGUAUGCAUGAGAGAGAAAAAAUUAAAACAAACCUGCCUUAUUCAACUUUGACACCUAAUUUGAAUCUUUUAUGCGAGCUAUCUGGAAAGCUGCCACCACUUGUUAAACUUCAAUAGGAUAAAAUGAAACUGAGACAGUAGAACAUUACUGCUUUUUAAUGGCUUUAGAUAAUUUUCAGAUUAUAUAAAGACACUUUUUAAUUAAAAAAAAAUUCAGUGCACGCUUUUAAAAAAUUAUCCAGAUCUAUGUAUUAUGUCUGAAUCCAUCAGAAUUCUCCAACCCAGAAAAGAACAGAAAUUAUAUUUUACUGUAAUUUGAAACUUUUGAUGAUGAGCAUCCUGAAGGUUAGAAUUAACACAUGACUUUCACAUUUAUCCUUCUAUUAUACCAAAUAAAAUCAUGUUAGACAGUUAGGUUUCUUGAUGGCUGCUCUUAUUUGUUAAAACACAUUAAAAUAAAACUUCACACAGCUAGAACCCAAUCCAUUUAAAAGAAUGUAUUGCAAAUGGUACUUUUAUGAGUAAAUUGAUUUCUGAUAUACAUGUUUGUUGUCUGAGCUAGUAAGAAUGUUUAUCGUUAUUUAUAUAGCUUGCAAAGUGUGCUAGAUGCUUUUUUGACAAACCAGAAGCUAAACCUAUCCAUAAUAGUGUUGUGGAGUCAUUUUGCUGCCUUGUUAAUCAAACAGAAUGACAUCACCUGUGCUUUGCAUACAAGACAAAAAAAUUAUUGCAACAGACUACCUACAAUUAAAUGUCUCCCAUGCUUUGAAAAUAAAUGGCUCAAUGUUACUUUCACCAAAUAUCUGGUCUUCAUCUUAGAGAUCCUAUAGUACUGAGGCACUAGUAUCCUUUGAUUUUGUUAUACUCCACUGACAAUAUCUCUGUAAUUUGUUUAUUUUUUCACAAUAUGUAGAAGCAUUUUUCAUAUCUCAUUUUUAGAUGGAGGAUUUUUGCUUACAAUAGAAGAGUCAUGGACUAAUGAGACUUAUUCAUAUCAUUUAAGUACCUCAGAGUUAUCCCAAAUGUAAAGGCAAAAGAUAAAGAAGGGAUCAUAGAUAAUAAAUUUGUCCGGCUUUCUCCACCAAGACAUUACUGCAAGCUUUAAGUCUGCUUUUAUUGGUAAAUAUAAAUAUGGGUUAUAUAAGAAAAGACCAUCUAUAAUGGCAUUCAGAUCUAGUUUUAGUAAUUGCUUUAGUCCAGAGAGCUCCAUAAACAGUCCCAAGGCAAUUUAAAAACAGGUAUUUGUUGUAUAAUCAGUUUUUACUACGUAUGCAUUUUAUUUUAUGAUUUUGGUAGUUAAAGUAAUACAACUAAAUAAUAUAUCCUAGUCGACUAGCAUGUAAACUACGGUCACAGCAUGUCCAUGUGUUACUUUGCAUAUGGGAUGAAUGUCAUUCGCAAAGAGAAGGGAAUUAAAAAAAGCGAAAUACUAAAGCAAUGUUAACCCCUAAGCUUCCUAAACCAGACUGCCCUGGGUUUUAGCCAAGAACUUCCAUUAUAAACUGUGGGAGUUACAUAGGUAUGAAACAUUUCACAACUUGAAGUAUUUAGGAAUAUGAAUACAGGCAAAUAUACAAAAAGCAGAAGUGUGUGAAUUAGGAUAAGCACAGUGUCCUUACCUGGGUCUCAUUGUAUCUAGGCAUAACUGUAUUGAUUAUCUUCCACUGAAGAAUGCUAUGUCUUGCUGAAGGGUUGUUUUUUAUGUUAACCUCAGAUCCUAUUGCAACUGAUUCGCAAAAUACCAGACAAUCCAGAUACGUAUAGACCAUAUCUAUGCAAGAAGUAUUUUCCUAAAUGUGUAAAAUCAUCAUCUUUCUCUGAUAAAAAAUGCUAAUGCUUGUGUGCUGUAAUUGGCAGACAUAGCAAUAUAUGGCACUAUUAACUCCAAACGUUAUAUAUAUUGUUGUGUUGCUUGUACACUUGUAUACUGCUUUAAAUUAAAUUUGUGUUAAUUUCCUUCAUAUUUUUUUAAUUCAAGCUAAAGGGUAAUACUUGAAUCUGUGUAAAUGAAAAUAUGCAAUGGAGAUUGAUAUCCUUUCUGAAUAAUGUCAUUCAAAAAUAUGGUGCUAAGGAUAAUGUUUGUUAUAAAUUACUUCUGAAUUUACAUAAGUAACCCAAAGUUCAAGUAUUAAUUACCAGAUUUAUAAAUAGUAAAAAAGAGCUACCUGCCUUUAUUAGUAUAAAUUAUAAGAAAAUACAGCCUGCAAAUAUUAUCUGUAAUGUUAUACUGCAAAGUAUCUGAAUACAUUUAUAAGCAUAAAAAAAAGUUUAAAUAUCUGCACUAUAUUUAUUCUCUUACUUCCUUAAGAACCAAAGGUAUACGUUCUCCUGUUACAAUCUACAGAUAUAUUAGAAUGUGUCCUUUUGAAGUAAAUAUAUAAUGUCCAUUAAUGAUAAACAUGACACAAGAGUAAUGAAAGAACUGUGUGGUACCAUGGUAUCUGCGAAACAUCUUAUGUAACAUAAUUGCUUACAAUGCCUCAUACAUAUAGGGUAAGUCCAGGGUACCAUGCUAAUUACUUCUGGUAUCAAAUUUGACUAUUAUUGCUCUUAUUUUUAGAGGCCCUUUCGAACUAAGCAUAUGAUUUUGCAGGUCCCUAGGAAAGCUACACAAUCCGGCUGUUAUCAUAGUCUGAGUUGCCACAGCCAAUUAUGAAGCUCCUAAAGCUUUGUUUUCAAUUCCAAAAGCCUAUUUAAAUGUUAGGUGUGGGGAAGUAAGCUUUGAGAACUGAAAAAUAAGCUUUUAUGAGACUCAGAAAUGGAUGUGGCAACGUGUCUCUCACAAAGAGUAAUCCAAACACUAGCUGCAAAUUAGUAUGGUGGGAUUUUAUAUGAGUGGCAAGUACACCAUCAUUUACAUUUUUGGCAUCUCAGUUCAACUUAAAGCUGUGCUGUUCUGAUGAGGAAUGUUCACUAGAUUUUAAGGGCAAAAGUUUGAAAGGUUGAUGUCUAAAUUGUGCAUAUAAAGUUAGCAUGCACAUCCAUUGAGUUAACAGCAAACACACCCAUUCAGAAAUUAUUUUUAUACAUUCAGAUACUGAUUUUUGUAUGCACAAAUGAAGGAUAUACAAGUUUAGCAUAGAUAUCAAAUCACAUUUUGGAACUGACAUGUUUUUGUUAAUAAAAACUGAGUUAUCUUGAAAUGGGUUUAAACCCCCACCACCAACUUGCUGCUUGAAAAAUUCCCUUUCUGCACUAUUUUUGCAUUUCUGUAGUGGCAGCAUGCAUUUCCCAGGGGAUCCCAAAAAACCUGUGCAUAAACUAAGGAACUGUUUAUGGCACAAUGGCCAUGACUUUUUUAAUAAACAUAACGUAAAGUAAUGAAGGAGGAGUAUGAACAUAGUCUUUGCAGCAAAGUGGUGCUCAUAGCUGUGCAGCCUGACUUGCAGAUCCUAAGAUCAAAACUGCUACACAGCCAUCAUACUGUUCAGCCUAUUCAGGCCUAGACAUGCACAUUAGACCGCAAGCCACACUAUAUCCCCCACCACCGCCACCUCUCGAGAGGGUUAGGGGCACCACUGAGACACUUCCAGGCAGUCUCUGCCAGUAAGUGUGUCUGUCCCAGCCACACAUUGAAUCUCACAAUUCUUGGAGAUACGAACCUGUUCCUACCUAUUGUGUCAGCCUAAGCAGGCAAAUGUGUUUAUUCCCUGCAAAGAAUGUCUAUCCGCACAGUUUUGACAUAAUAUUCUGAGACAUGGAAACCUGAAUGAGAUUCUACCUAGACUCAAACAGAAAAGAAAAUGCAAUGCUUAGUCAAUGUAACAAAAACAACACAUUUAGCAACUGAAUGCCAAUACGAUACCCUAAGGAUAAGGACAGAUAAUAGCCCUGAAUCACACUCCAGCGGCAUGAGUGUGUGGAAAAUCCUUGCUACAGGUAGAGUGUGUGAAUGGUCCAUUGUUCCUUCCCUGCUCAGCCUAAGGAGGGAGCAGUUCCCGAAGAGGGCUCCUUAGACCCAAAGGGAAUGUCCAUCGGCACAGCCCAAUGCAAAGCCAGGCUAUGAUUGGUCAGGAGAGGGAAGUAUCCAUUGGCAUCCAUCUAGAGAAACCUCUGGCAAAAAAGUACCAGCUAGCUACCAUGCCACUGUCCUGUGAAUCUAUUUGUAGAGCUAAGGGAAGGGCAGCUGAUCUUGUCUCUGAAUUAUAAACACAAUAUAAACAUAAUUUUCUCAGGUGUCUCCCAAAUUAGCAGGUCAGCUUUAGUGUUGUUUUUAAUAAAAGAUGCUUGGCCUUAUGGCCAGUUUCAGAAAAUAGGUCUCAGAACGCUUUCAUUCACGUUUAAGUGGGCAACAGUAUGUUAUGAUUCUCCUUUUAUUUUCUUCCAAGUAAAUUAUUGGUAGGAUAAAUAUAUUUUUAAGUCAUAGAAAAAAAUAACAUCCAUAAAAUAGAUUGAUUCACACUGUUCAAAUGUCAUCUUGUGAGAUUUAAACAUAUUGCAUAAAGACAAUAAAUGUCAUCCUAAAAGGUUAGCAAUCAGCUGGACACAUGUCUAUUAAGUUUGAUUACAAUAAUAAACCUGAGUGGUGUUAAUUUGUAGAAAUGUUAAAUUUAUUAUUGCUUUUAUAUUACCUGAAUAAAUGGCUGAUUCACUCCUUCCACAAAUGAUCAUGUGACUUGAAAAAUAUUUUCUGAAGUAUAGAUACGAUAUAACAUUUUUAUAUGUAAUUCUUCUUAUGAAGUGUCCAUAAAACACUUCACAGAAGAGGCUGAAACAGACAGAGAGGGUCUUCAAAAUUAGAUCCUGGGCAGUGAUUAUCAUACAAGUAGAAAAGGAAAAACUGCAGGAAGGUGGACUAGAGCCAAAGACGAAAUUUAAUAAUGGUAAAAAUGCAAGUAUUAUUACAGACUACAGAAGCUACAAUGAAAGGAGAAUGUAAGGAUGCAAUAACAUGAGGAGAAGAUAAAGUUAUUCAUUUGAUUUGAGGAAAGGAAUAUUAAAAAUAAAUGGGAAGCAGUUCAAGAGAGAAAACAACUCAAAUAUCCACACAAUGAAAAGAGUCCGGAAGCCAGGAGUAUGUGAGUUGGGUACGGCAGUGAAUUUAAGAGAGUCCGAGUAGAACAAGAAUCCAUAUAAGUUUCAAAAACCAGGAACACAAGAUACAUAGCUUGAUGGAAAGUCAGUAAAGGUUAUAGAAAACGAGUGUUCUGGUCCUGCUUCCUGGAACAAAUGAACAGUGUGGACACAAAGUCUGACGGACCUGAGAUUUAGAGAGAAGGGAUUUAGGAAGAUCAGAAAGGGGAUCUGCAAUAGCUGAUGGGAAGUAAUUAAGGCGUGAAUAAGUACUUUUGUAGACAGUGGUGUCUAAGGGUAAGGAUGAAUUGUGGUGUUGGAUUUACAGAUGGAUGGUUGUGUUAAAGCACAGUGAGUUAGAGAAUGAGUCAGGGACAUGAAAAAAGAAGGAUUUUUCAUUGGCACAGAGAUUAUUUUGGUAGAAAUUUAGGUUGUACCAAGGAGCAUCAGGAAACUGGUGGUAGAGAAUUCAGAGUGUGAAACAAAGGAGUAUAGUGUAUAUUGUGUCAUCUGCAUAUGUGAUUGUCAAGACUGAAGCGAUAUCAUCACAUGAGGGGACAGAUCCUUAGCUGCAUGCAUUGAAAUUGUCUUAGCUCCAUUGAACUCAGUUGAUCUAUGACAAUUUAGGCAAGUUGAGCAUUUGACUCAAGAUAUCCAAAAGUAAGAAGACGUAUAAAAGACACACUUUGGAGCACUUCACAUUCGAAAGAGAAAAAGAUGAUGUGAAGCCUCUGUUAGAAAUGGAAAAGUUGUGGCUAGAGGGACCAGAAAAAACCCACUGUAGGGAUAUGAUUAAACAAUCCACCCCAACAUUCCUGCCUUUUUUCUUUCUUUUACCAUUAUUCUUAAAAUCCCUAAUUCUUUCAAAUAAAGCAAAGUGUCUUGAACUCAUUUAUAGUCUUUAUUACAACCUCUUUCCACAGUAACUUAUUCCAUAUAUUUUAUACCCUUUUUUCUGGAGAACCUUUGCCCAAGUACCCUACUUUCUCCAGGUGCCUAUUUUUAAAUUACAGUAGGUCUCAUGCAUUUUAAACCUCUUACUUCUGAGGGAAUGAUGUAGCAUUGUUGAUGACAGCAAUUUAGGGUAAAACACUGAAUAAUCUUGUGAAGACAAGUAAUGAUGAAGCUGAUAGAUUGGGCAAGGGUGAAGAUGCUAUUAGUCUGUUUUUAUGGGCCGGUCUACAAUGAAAACUUACAUCAGCAUAGCUAAGUGUCUUGGGGUGUGAAAAAUCCACACCCUUGAGAGACGUAGCUUGUCAGCCUAUCCGCCUGGUGUAGACAGUGCUUGGUCAACGGAAGAAUUAUUCCGUUGACCUAGCUACCAUCUCUCAGGGGGGUGGAUUAACUACAGUAGUGAUGGGAGAGCCCCAUCUGUCACUGUAGUGGGUGUCUACACAGAAGUGCUACAUCAGCAUAGCUGUAGCGCCACAACUGCAUCACUUCCGCAUUUUAAGUGUAGACCAUAGGUCUCUUUAUCCAAAGAUCUCAAAGUGCUUUACAGAACUGUUUAUUCCGCCUCCAUUUUACAGAUAAAGAAACAAAUGUACAGAGAAAUUAAGGGCCUGGGCGUCAGCUUAGUACCUACAGAUCCCAUUGAAAUCAAAGGGAGCUGCAUGUUCCCGGCCUAUCUGGAAAUCCAAGUGCUUUGUAAUCUACCCAGGGUUAUACAGUUGGUCAGUGAAUCAGUGGCAGAGUCAGGAGUAGAAUCCAAGUGUGUUGGCUCCCAGAACUCUGCUGAAUCCACCAGACAAUCAGGCUAUGGAUUAAUACACUGGGGCAGGGCAGAACAACUGAUCCUAGAAGUUUCACUGAGACAGAUCUUUUGUUCAUGCUGAAGAUUGUAUUCCAGUUGAUUUACAGGCAGUAGAAGAAGUGGGAGGGUGUUGCAUUGCUGGUGGUUCUAGCGAAUAAAUUGUGAAGUAUAAAGCAGUUUGCUACUUUAUUGAGUUUUAUUAAGAAUACUGAAGUGAUAUCUGCAGGUUAAUUUCCUUUUUCAUUCUUGGAGAGGAAUGAUGUAUGAUGAGAGCAGCAUAACUAGGGAUAUGUGUCUACAGUACUCCUAGAUUUAUUUAAACUGCAUUUGUAGAUACAGAAAUAUCUGAAAAGAAAAAUGUUGAGAGACUGAAACGUGAUAGAAUUGUCAUUUUCUGUUACCCAGGGAUACAUUCAAACCAUUGGUAGUGCCACCAACAUUUCCAUGGGGAAAGAACAGUGUCU